AGGCAAUUUUGGUCUCAACUUCCUCUAUCCAGAUCAGGGCAGAAUCCCCAGGACCUACAGCCAGCUAGCAACUAUGGGAAACUGGUUGGCUGGGGGAUCGUCUGAAGAGUUAUCUGGGGGAUCCUCUGAAGAGUUAUCUGGUGGGUUGUCUUACUUAACCUCAGUGCCAGCGCACAAGCUAGAAGAGUUUAUCCAGGCAAACCUCACACCCAAUGAAGAAUGUCUGAAGCUGAUAGACCAGGAUGUGGAUGACAUCUCUAACUUCCUGCUGAGCUCUGAGAUCACUGUGGUGAGAGUGGCUAAGGGUGGCUCCUAUGGCCGAGGAACAGUUCUAAGAGGCUACUCUGAUGGUACCCUUGUUCUCUUCGUCAAUUGCUUCCAUUCAUUUGGGGAUCAGAAAGCAUAUCAACAUCUACGCAUCCACUGGAUUGAACAACUGCUAAAACACCAUGAGAAAUAUAAUAAGCCAAAAAAGCUUGGGAACAUCCUUGAAAUCCAACUGUCCGUACAAGGACAGAGUAUACUCUUGCAGCUACUUCCAGCCUUUGAUCCUCUGUGCUUUGGUGAGAAUCCCAGCUCCCAGGUCUAUCGGAAUCUCAAAAGUUCCAUGGAUCAAGUUAGAGCAGCACCCGGUGAGUUCUCGGUCUGCUUCACCACACUACAGGAGCAGUUCUUCAAGAGAUAUCCCAGGAGAGUGAAGGAUUUGAUCCUGUUGGUCAAGCACUGGUAUCAAGAGUGCCGGAAGAGGAUGACGUCCCCAUCUCUGCAGUUGUUGUAUGCACUAGAGCUGCUCACUGUGUAUGCCUGGGAACAAGGCUGCCAAACUGAGGACUUUAACAUUGCAGAAGGCAUCAGGACUGUGCUGGGACUCAUUAAGCAGUCAUCAAAGCUGUGUGUCUACUGGACAGUCAAUUACAACUUUGAGAAUGAGACAGUCCGCAAUACCCUUCUGUGUCAACUCAGGACCCAAAGACCUGUCAUCUUGGAUCCAACUGACCCAACUAAUAACGUGGGCGAAGACAACGACCGGAACUGGCAGAUGCUGACAGAGGCGGCCCAGGACUGGCUGUGCUCUCUCGGGCAGAAUGAUAUGCCACCUGCACCGUGUUGGAAUGUUCUGCCCACACCACUCUUCAAUACCCCAAGCCACUUACUGGACACGUUCAUCAAAGACUUCCUCCAGCCCGAUGAAACAUUCUUGAACCAGAUCAAAAAGGCUGUUGACAUCAUCUGUACAUUCCUUAAAGAGAACUGCUUCCGACACUCAAGCACCAAAGUUCUGAAGACUGUCAAGGGAGGAUCCACCGCCAAAGGCACGGCUCUGAAGUAUGGAUCAGAUGCUGACAUUGUCGUGUUCCUCAGCUCUCUGGAGAGUUAUGAGUCUCAAAAACAGGAGCGCCCACAGUUCGUCCAGGAGAUCCGGAGGCAAUUAGAAGCCUUCCAGCAGACCCAGAAACUGGAGGUGAAGUUUGAGGUUUCCAAGUGGAAGGCCCCCAGGGUGCUGAGCUUCACCUUGAAAUCCAGGAAUCUGAACGAGAGUGUCAACUUUGAUGUCCUGCCUGCCUAUGAUGCACUAGGUCAACUGUAUUCUGGCUUCACCUCCAGGCCCAAAGCUUACAAGGAGCUCAUUGAGUUGUAUAGAUCAUCGGACAUCUCCGGAGGAGAGUUUUCCACCUGUUUUACAGAGCUACAGCGCAACUUCAUUGAACCCCGGCCCACCAAACUGAAGAGUCUGAUUCGCCUGGUGAAGCACUGGUACAAACAGUAUGAAAGGAAAAUGAAGUCAAAAGCAUCUUUGCCCCCAAAGUAUGCCCUGGAGCUUCUCGUCAUGUAUGCCUGGGAGCAUGGCAGUGGCUUAGAGGAUUUCGACACUGCCGAAGGCUUCCGGACGGUCCUGGACCUGGUCAUCAAAUACCCACAGCUCUGCAUCUUCUGGAUGGUCAACUACAACUUCAACGAAGAGCCGAUGAGGACAUUCCUACUGACCCAGAUCCGGAAAAAGAGGCCUGUGAUCUUGGACCCAGCCGAUCCCACAGGCGAUGUGGGAGGAGGUGACCACUGGUGUUGGCAUCGUCUAACUGAAGAAGCAGAGAAGUGGCUAUCCUCCCCCUGUUUUGACUCGAAACCAGGACAAAGUAUACAGCCAUGGAAAGUGCCAGUAAGAGUGCCCUGAAAAAAGUGGGUGGCC